UCCCAUAACUUGCCCUUCUCUGUCACCAAUCUGGCGACGCUUGGUCCGCACCAGGCGUCGCCACCCCCACUACUGUUUCAUCCACCGCCAAGAGAAGUCGCAAUGGCAGACUUGACUGCCAUUGUUCCUUAUCAUGAUCCUGGCGAUGAUAUUACUUUCAUUGAUCAGUCAUCGUUUUUAGUAGAAAACCCGACUCUCGGUCUUCCUGAAUAUCAUGAUUGCGAACCGCCUACUGGAUUCAAUGACAUUGUUGAUGCCAAUGAUCCAUUUAUGGAUCCAGUUGUUUGGGACUUUGGUUACAAGAAUGAUGAGAAUCUGGUUUCAAGUUAUCUGGCUGAACCCUCUGAAUUUCAAGGAGGAAGAAAUAGCCUUGAGAAUGGAAAUAAUGUUGACAGAAAUAUACAAAAUUCAGAUUCUGCACGUCCUAUGCAACUUUCAGAUUCUCCGGUUUUUCGAUCUGCUGAUAAUUGCAUUUGUUGUCAAAGACUUCGUGAAAUUACUCAUGUUAACGGUAUAAGCAUGAAAAGGCUUGAGAUUCAUGGAAGAGUUGGAAUGGUGAUUCAUGCUAUUCUGGAGAAAUAUGAUAGUGAUCUAUCUUUUCAGAACCAUGAGUUCAAAGUGUUCGAUUUUUGCACGAAAAGUAUCCAUAGUGUGAAAGAGUUUCUAGUUCAGUAUUACGAAGAAUGUAAACAAGAAGGCUACGUUAUGUUGCAAGAUCCUCUCUCGACUUUCUAUGAAGCCCUGUGUGUUGGAGUGAAUGACACUGAGAGUUUUGAUGAUUUUAUACAAUUAUCUCCAGAUAAUCCAGGUGAUUACCAAAUGAAUCAACAAGAAAUGUCGAUGCAACGUAAAGCAGAAAUAAAUAUAGAGCAAUCUACAAAGACCCCCCUUGCAGCGCAGAGGGUAAGAACAGGAAACAUGAAAUUGAAGGAUGUUAUAGGAUAUUUUGAUCAUCCGAUUGAAGAUGCAGCCAGGAAAUUGAAUGUAUGUCCCACAGUGAUGAAGAAGAUAUGCCGCAGGGACGGCUUGCCAAGGUGGCCUUACAGAAAGGUUAAAAGUAUAAAGAAGAAAAUAUUGGAGAAAAAUGAGAUUUUGAAUUCUGCCAGUGGUGAUGAAGAAAGGAAACAGGCCGAGGCAGAUAUACACAAGCUUCAGGAAGAACUUGCUAAGAUUUAUGGAAUUCAUUCAUCAUAACUUUUGACUCCGAUAGUUGGUAAAUCAGGAAUUUUCAUUUCCGUGUGUCAAGAAAUUAAAAUAUAUUUCGAAGAAGUAUCAUCUCUAACAUAAUAAUUGUGCCAAGAGAUCUUAUAUAUAUUUGUGCUGAGAGAUUAAAGUUAUGUAAAAGUUUUGUUGCAGUUACUGGUGCAAAUACUUCUUUCACGCAUUUCGAAUUAUUCAAGUAUUCUCAUCGAACUCAACAAAGUUAAACGAGAGUUAGAGUCUACUCUGAUGGUCCUCGUCAAAUUUUCCUAGAUUUCCCUAGAGGACAUCAUAAUAAGUAGUAACAUUCACAUCACAUUUUUUUUUUAUUACACUUGUACCUUUUUACUUUUUUUUCUUUCACCAUAUUCUAUUUUUGACAUUUUAUUGACAAGAAAAUUGUCAUUAAUCAUGAUUUUUGUCCAAAAUAAUAUUAACAUACUUUAAAAUGAG